GCAUUAGCCACAGCGCUUAAGCUCAGCAAGCUAACAGCAACAAACACAGCAGCCGAGACGCAAAUCUGGAGCUUUCGCCAAACGCAAACUCAACAACCAGGGCUAUAAUGGCCUCUUUAGGAGAACCUGUUCGUCUGGAAAGAGACAUAUCUCGUGCCAUUGAGCUGCUGGACAAGCUCCAGAGAACAGGGGAAGUGCCACCCCAGAAGCUGCAGGCCCUUCAGAGGGUUUUGCAGAGCGAGUUCUGCAAGGCCGUAAGGGAAGUAUACGAGCAUGUGUAUGAGACGGUGGACAUAAACAGCAGCCCUGAGGUGAGGGCGAACGCAACAGCAAAGGUAAGUCAGGCUACAGUGGCUGCGUUUGCAGCUAGUGAGGGUCAUUCUCACCCACGUGUGGUGGAGCUCCCAAAAACAGAGGAGGGACUGGGGUUCAACAUAAUGGGUGGGAAGGAACAAAACUCGCCCAUCUACAUCUCCCGCAUCAUUCCUGGAGGCAUCGCUGAUCGACACGGCGGCCUGAAGAGAGGAGACCAGCUGCUUUCUGUGAAUGGAGUGAGUGUAGAAGGAGAGCACCACGAGAAAGCAGUGGAGCUGUUGAAGGCUGCUCAGGGCACAGUGAAACUGGUGGUACGGUAUACACCUAAAGUCCUGGAAGAGAUGGAGUCACGCUUUGAGAAGUUGAGGUCUGCCAAACGCCGGCAACAGAACAACUUCCCCAAGUAGGGGUCUCAUCUGUGCCCCCCCACCCCCCACUCUCUUUCUGUCUUUUUCUAUUUGUCUGUAUAUCUUCUGCCAUCUGUCUUCCUCGUUCACGCUUUCUCACCCCCUUUCUCCAGCCAGGGAUUAGCCACAUGUUUGGCUCUCCUUUUUGUGAAAUUUUCUAAAUCCUCACCUCCUCAACGUUUUUAACAGUCUUUUCACACGCCUCUUUCUCAUAGCAUGAACACUACGAAACGGGCUCUGGCUGUUUUCAUGUAGACAUCACAUACGUGCACUGUAAUGGUGCAUUACUAAGAAUGUACAGUCGUGGGAUGUUGAUUUGUUAGAUAUGCAAGGGGACCAUUGCAAUGUUCAACUCCUGAGGUGAUCUGAAUGAAAAUGUCCAAAAAAAGUGCCUCAAGAGCUUUUAAAAAAAUAAUUGCAGCUGCAGCCUUCAGUGUGUCCCAUCGUAGGCUGUGUUUUAUGGUCCAUGCACAAAAUGAGUAAACACUAGCACAACCGAAAUGCUAAAUGAGUGUAAACGUUUCACCGAAAAUUGAAAGAAUGGUGUAUAAUUGAGUUAAGGGUUAAUGGUGUACUCAUUUCCAGUUAACUUUUCUCACUCUUUCCCUAAGAAAGAAGGAAAAGUUGACUAGUAAUACAUUAAGUAUGUGUUUGGAGAUAUAGAUAAAUGGCAAAUCGGUGAUAUGAGCAUCUUUUCUGAACUGCUGUUUGCUUCAAACUCAAGCAAUUGCAGAAACAAAGAGUUAAGAACUGACACUUUUUUUUUAUCCUUAAUGAAUAUACAGAUGAAAAACGCUGUGAAAUCUACAGUAAUUGGUGCAUCAGCUUUGUGGAGUAAACAAAUCAGCUUUUGUCAACAAGAAUAGAGAUGAAUGAGACAGUUGGCUGUGUGUUUAGAUUCAUUUGGAGGCAUAAAGCAUGUUACAUACGGUCACGAUUACACCAUUUAAACAGUCUGCUUUUGAUUGAAAAUACGUGAAUGGAGUGUUUAUGAAUCAUUGAACCGGAGAGCAGUUCUGAGGAGAUGCUUGUGGCGCUGUUUGGGUGUUGGAUAAACAGAAAAAUGAAUGAAAAUGAAACAUUUUUGUAGCUUAUACCCCUUAAAACACAGAAACGGAAUGAAGCAGUCACUAGCUCUUCGUCAAGCAUGCGUUCUAGUUUUUAAUUUGUAGAAGUAAAGCGUUUUUAUUUUAAACACUUCAGCAGAAACACUAAGUUAAGAUUGUAGGGGGAGGUUAGUUUCAUAUUUAGUUCUGAAUGAUAACGUGGCACUUGCCUUUCAGCUCUGGGUCUAUAUUUUACACCCAGUUCGUGCUGAUUAUUGUAUAAACCUGCAUCGUCAUGGUUCAGAAUCAAUUUUCUUAAACGUUUAUAUUAGCGUAUCACGAGGUAGCAACUCAGCGUAAUGCUAGCAAAACAGCAAUGAAUGCAUAAAUGAAUGUCACACAUAUUCAUUCUAUGAGACAUGUCUAAAUGAAGCUCAAGUGAUUUUUUUUUUAUAUAAAUUGGUGCUGUCAUUUUGUUUUAAACCUGAUCAGUCAUUUGUUUUCCCCCCUGAAAAGUCAGCAAUUCGUUCACCCAUAUCAGAGUCUAGGAUUUAUGGGGAAAGUGAUGCAGAUCUGGAGGUGCUCGGCAGUAGUUUAUCAGGUUUUCUCCAGAUGUCCCCCUUUGUUUAAUACUUAAAGUGAUCAUUCACACAGAAAUGACAAAUUGGUUAAUUUAGUCACCCCCUCAGGCCAUCCAAGAUGUAGGUAGCAACGUUAAAAGGAUUGAAAAGAAAUAUUCUGUAAUCAUUUUCUACUGUUAAAUACAAAAAAGAGAUAAAAAUCCAAAAUCAAACAAAAAGUGCUCAGGGGUAGAUUAAAUAAUGCAUCGGUGGGAUUCAUCAGAAUAAACCGCAAAAAUCAGUCCAAGGCACUCGAAAAAUAUGGAAAAAAAUAUUAAAUAUAAUAGCCAUGUCAAUAAAGGCUUUUUAAUAUUUUUUCCACAUUUUUCGAGUGCCUUGGACAAAAAAAAAAAAGAUUUAGAGAGUUUGAAGAAUGUGACUUCCAUGGUAUGUCAUUUAUUUCCUACUAUGGAUGUCAGUGACUUCCAAAAUCAUUUUGUUCAACAAAAGAAAGCAACUCAAAUGGAUUUGAAACCACUUGAGGUUUCAGUAAAUGCUGUGUACAUUUUCAUUAUGGGGUGAACUAUCCCUUUAAAGAAGAUUUUUAGCGAAAUCUGUGUACAUUGGUCAUUUAAAAAAAUGCAAGGAAACUUCCACCAGCAAUUUGAGAGAUUAGAAAAUAAAUAAUUCAGGCCAAACAUAAUUAAAACCUCUACCUCCUGAUAAAACAUUGAUGUCUUAGGAAAGGAAAUGAUCAGAUUGUGCAAAAAACGGGAUGUUAUUUGCAACAUUAAUACUGUUAAUGCACAGCACUGGCAAGUGGUUUUGUUUCAUACCUUCAUUUUUGAUCAGGAAUCUUGUUUUACCUGUAUGGUUUUUGACUUGCAGUGUCAGUAUGCAUUGAUGUGCAUUUUAUGAAUGAAUGGACCACAGUUUCAUCUAAAAAAUCUUGUCUAACUUACUACUGAACAUCUUGGAUGAGGUGAGUAAAUUACCGGCAAAAUUUCAGUUUUCUUAAACUAUCCCUCUAGCGUAUUUGAAGGAUUUAAGUGAAAUGAUUGUUAAAUUCAGAUUACUUUAACACUGCGUCUCUUUGUACUAAUUUUCAUGUUUAAAAAAAUGUAACACAAUGUAUUUUUAACAUCAAAUGCAGGUAUUUUCAGUGUCUGACAAGCUUGGGGGAAAAAAAACCUGUCUAUUUUUCUCAGUCUCUCAUAAAAUAUUUAACGUGUCUAAUUAUAGAGGCCCAUGACUCACCCCGAGCUGCGAGAUACGUAGGUGUUUCGGGGGUGAGAGAUAAAAGGGAGGUCUGAUGUCUUGCAUGAAGGAAUCAUUUGUGUUAUUGACAAAAAAAAGCAGCUUCAAGAAUCAAACGAUCCAUUUUUCUUUCUGUGGUGCUCAGGUUGCUUCUUUCUACAAUAACGUGAAUUUUAAAAGCAUCAUGUAUCACAAGAGCAAUAAUAAGACAUGAUCAGUUUCUCGCCAUCCUCAUCAUCGGGAUACUCAUUUCCCAUUAAUACUCAGAUUUCUUCACGGGGGGCUGAUUAACUAUUUUUAUAACUGUUUUCUUUUGAUAUUUUACCCCUUUUUGAUAAAAAAAAAAAUCUAUUCUUUUUUUUAAUUAUUACUAUUGGCCAGGAAUGCUUCAUUUGAUUUCUUAACAACGUUUAUGUUUCCCUGUGAUUCAAGUAAAAGACCAAACUUGCAUCCUUUCUGGGAGCUCUUUCAGUGUAGUUUUGACUGUUUUUAACAACCUGUUGUUUAAUUGUAUUAUUUCUGUCCUGCUGUAUUGUUACAUUUUAAAGUGGAUGUAUAAAGGCUGAUCAAAGUGAUUUUUGUUUUGAGCAUACAGAGUUUAAAUAUACUGUGGGUUUAAAUCA